ACGAGCUAGGAAUAAAUAGGAAGAUAUCCACGUAGCUUAUAUGUCCGUACGCCGUUACAAAUGUGUCCGUUUAUUUAACGAAAACGUAUCUUAAUUUAGGGGAUAUAUGCGUUCAUAGUGGCGGGGUAACGCGGACAAAACCCCACACCGGCCGGUCCUUUUUGCUGUAAGGGAAAAAGGACUAAAAAUGGAGCUGGAAGACGGAGUUGUGUACCAGGACGACCCGGGGACAUCUGCGAUGAUGUCGGAGCGGGUCUCGGGCCUGGCCAGCUCCAUCUACCGCGAGUUCGAGAGGCUCAUCGGGAAGUACGACGAGGACGUGGUGAAGGAGCUGAUGCCGCUGGUGGUGGCCGUCCUGGAGAACCUGGACUCGGUGUUCGCGGAGAACCAGGAGCACGAAGUGGAGCUGGAGCUGCUGAAGGAGGACAACGAGCAGCUCAUCACCCAGUACGAGCGGGAGAAAGCGCUGAGGAAACACGCGGAGGAGAAGUUCAUUGAAUUUGAAGACACUCAUGAGCAGGAGAAGAAGGACCUGCAGAACCAUGUGGACCGGAUGGAGUCUCAUUCACGGCAACUGGAACUCAAAAUCAAGAACUAUGCAGACCAGAUCAGCAGGCUGGAAGAGCGAGAGCUGGAACUGAAGAAGGAAUACAACUCUCUGCAUCAGCGGCACUCCGAGAUGAUCCAUAAUUACAUGGAGCAUGUGGAGAGGAUCAAAUUGCAGCAGAUAAAUGAAACAUCAGAGUCUACGACUGGUGGCCGGGUCAGGAGAGAACGUCCUCUUUCUUUGGGGAUUUUCCCCUCCUCUGGUGGAGCGUCUGUGAUAAUCCCAGAUUCCCACACCAGAGUGGAGACGCCAGGCACAGAGGGCUGGAGGUUUGCUGACUCAGCUCAGCUGUGCUCCAACACUAGCCUUAAGUUGGACUUUGUCGACCCCCAAAAGGAAAGGGAGGGUAAGAGUGCGCAGGACCCUGCUUGGGGAAAAUCACUGGCAGACGACUGCAAGGAUGAACUGUCAAACAUCGCUGGCUCCAAACUGGCAACACCGAGAUCAACCAUGCUUGCAGACAUAGAGAGAGAAGACGGGGACAAUAAGAGUACAGAGGUCCAGGUUGCACCAGGAACCAGAUCCAUAUCAGUCGGUUUGCCUGACAAUGAGGAAAACUCAGAGGUGCAGGACAUUAUUGAGUCCACACCAGAGCUGGACAUGGAUCUGAUUGCUUACAAACCCUGCAGCACUCCCACGAAAGGUAUCGAAAACCUGGCAUUUGACCGAAACACAGACUCCUUGUUUGAGGAGCUGUCGUCUGCAGGCACGGGGCUCAUAGGAGACGUAGAUGAAGGAGCCGACCUGCUGGACCUUAGUUUGAUUGGAAUGGGUCGCGAAGUUGAGAAUCUAAUCCAGGAAAAUUCACAGCUGCUUGAGACAAAGAAUGCUCUGAAUGUAGUUAAUAAAGACUUGAUUCUGAAAGUGGAUGAGUUGACUUGUGAGAAAGACGUGCUGCAGGGAGAGAUGGAGGCUUUGGUGCUGGCAAAAAACAAGAUGGAGGAGAAAAACAGAGAGUUGGAGGAUGAACUGAAAAAGGUGCGACAGGAAAUAGAGGAAGUGAAGCAGAAAAACAAAGAUGAAGAAGAUAGUGAGGUUCCAACAGCUCAGAGGAAGCGCUUCACCAGGGUGGAAAUGGCCAGAGUGUUGAUGGAGAGAAAUCAGUACAAGGAGCGGCUGAUGGAGCUCCAGGAAGCUGUGAGGUGGACGGAGAUGAUCAGGGCUUCAAGAGAAAAUCCGACACUCGCAGAAAAAAAGAAAUCGAGCAUCUGGCAGUUCUUCAGCAGACUGUUUAGCUCCUCCUCCAGCUCCUCGGCCAUGAAGACCGUCGAGGAUCCGUCCAAAUUAAAGUACAACUCCCCGGGCAGCCUGGUGAAGAGGAGCAGCACCUUCUCACAGUUCCCAACUGAGAAGUCCAAGAUAUUUGACUUUAUGAAUGAAGGAACGGAGCAGUGCAGCUCACCUUCACACAAGGAGAAGAAGAAAGCCCAGUACCGACAGGUUAAGGCCCACAUGCAGAAAGAGGACGGCCGGGUUACUGUGCAUGGAUGGAGCCUGCCAGGCAAACACAAGGUUGCAAAUGGAGGGCAGAUGGAAAACAAAAUGAACUUACCUGUCCCAGUCUACCUGCGACCUUUGGACCAGAAAGAUGUUUCUAUGAAGCUGUGGUGCGCUGCAGGGGUCAACCUGUCUGGGGGUCGGAUGGUUUCCUCCUUAGAGGCAUUGAAGCAGAUAAAGGGUUCCCAGAGCAGCCUGGACCAGCUGGAGCAGGAGAACAAGCAGGAGAAAGGGGAGAAGGAGCCGACCGUACAGGACGAGAUGUCCAGUCGUGUGUGGGUGUGCAUGAGCACCAGUUCCUCCACUAAAGUCAUGGUGGUGGAUGCCACCCAGCCCACUGAGCUGCUUGAAAGCUUCUAUGCCUGCAACACACAUGUGAUUUGCAUUGCUAGCGUACCGGGUGUGUUGGAUUCAGAUUACCCCGCAGGGGAGGAGAUCCCACAGGACCCAGAGGCCAGUCAAGGGGACGGGGUGUCGCUGGCCGGCAGCGUGGCCAGUAUGGGCUCAACGGGCAGCGAUGGGACGGCGCCAGCUGAAGGUGUCACCGCAGUUCCUCAGACAGCGAGCUCAGGUGUCAAUGAGCAGCCAGCGGAGUACAGCGCCACUUCAGGCUCAGUUGAGUUGUCCAGAGAGACAAGCCCAACAGAGGACGGGGUCCCUACUGCCGAAGAGGCAACAGAAGCGACGGAGGCCAACGCUGGUGUUGGUGAAGAAGGAGAGGAGGAUCAGGGAGCAGAUCCAAACCAGCCGGGGAUUUACACUGAACACGUGUUUACAGACCCUCUGGGGGUGGGGCCCACUGACUCCUGUCCUGCAGAAUCACAGAGGGGUUCUGGGCAGGACGGUGAGCCUUCCCUGCCAGAAGUCAUGGAAACGUCAGAUAGUGAAGUCCUGAGGAUGAGCAGCGCUCUUCCAACCAUGUGGCUGGGAGCUCAGAACGGAUGCCUGUAUGUCCACUCAUCUGUGGCCCGAUGGAAAAAGUGUCUUCAUGCCAUCAAGCUCAAAGACUCCAUCCUCGGUAUUGUGCAUGUUAAAGGGAGGGUCCUGGUAGCUUUGGCUGAUGGGACAUUAGCAAUUUUCCACAGAGGAGCUGACGGUCAGUGGGAUCUGACCAACUACCACCUGUUGGAUUUGGGGCGGCCGCAUCACUCUAUCCGCUGCAUGACGGUUGUCCAUGACAAGGUGUGGUGUGGCUACAGAAAUAAGAUCUACGUCAUCCAGCCCAAAGCCAUGAGGAUAGAGAAAUCUUUUGAUGCUCAUCCUCGGAAAGAGAGUCAGGUGCGCCAACUGGCUUGGGUGGGAGACGGCAUCUGGGUGUCCAUCCGACUGGAUUCAACGCUGCGCUUGUUUCACGCCCACACCUACCAGCACCUGCAAGACGUGGACAUCGAGCCUUACGUCAGCAAAAUGCUGGGUACCGGUAAACUGGGCUUCUCUUUUGUGAGAAUUACAGCUCUGGUGGUUUCCUGCAACCGACUGUGGGUGGGGACAGGAAAUGGAGUCAUCAUCUCCAUCCCAUUAUCUGAAGCUAAUAAGACCACAGGUAUAGUGCCAAAUCGCCCUGGCAGUGCUGUCCGGGUUUACAGUGAUGAGUGCUCAGAAGGCGCCAUGCCGUGCAGCUUCGUGCCGUACUGCUCCAUGGCCCACGCCCAGCUCUGCUUCCACGGACAUCGGGAUGCGGUGAAGUUCUUUGUCACAGUUCCAGGUCAAGCGAUGCCACCUCCAGGCAGUGCAGAUUCAGGUUCUGAUGAUCCUCCAUCCGAAUCCUCAGACUCGGCAAAUUCUGAGCCCAAAACAUUCCUGGUCAUGAGCGGAGGAGAAGGUUACAUUGAUUUUAGAAUCGGCGAUGAAGGCAGCGAGCUGGACGGUUUGUCUGAGCAGUCUGGCAGCCAGCCGGUGGCGCCCGCCAAGGCCGAGCGAAGCCACCUCAUCGUCUGGCAGGUCGCGACCCCUCACGACUGAAAAACAUUGCAGAUUGCUGCAUAAGCCGCGGGGCCGUCCAGCAAGCCCGCAUGUCCUGCUUUGAGUUUUUCCACUGUCCUCUCUGCCUGACUAGACAACUUCUUUAUAAAAAAAAAACAAAACAAUUACAAAAAAAAAAAAAAAACUAAUUAUUUUUAUUCAGUGUUUUGUACCAUUUUAUUCCUCAUAAAUUUGAAAUAUGUAAUAUGUUAUGUUAACACAUGGAAACCGUCCAAAUGCCCCCUGCUGCUGGGUUGCAUGUUGGAAAUGCUGGUGUAGAAGAAGAAGAAGAAGAUCACACUAGGCAUGAUUGGACUGAUCAUGUUAAUGUUUACCUAAAAGGAUUCGUCUAUGAAAGAUUAAAGGGAUAUUUUCGUAGUUUUCUGCAUUGUCAGAGUAAAAAGUAAAAGGAUAAAACAUUGUUCCAGAGAUCAGUUUACAAUUUAAAUUCUAAAAUCCAGGUUGCCACAAAAAAAAAAAAAAAAGACAUCCCUGCACUUUGGUGAGGUUUUUCUGUGAAUAGAAGAACCAGGUUAGCAUUAGUUAGCAUAAGGAAGUCCUGUAUCCUCACUAAAAUCUAUUUGACCAUGUUAGAGUCAAACCUCCGUCCCGUUGGUGGAAAAAAAUAAAUAUCAGCUCAGUGCUUCCUGCUUGCGUCAGCUCAUUGGCACUUUAAAAUGUUAAAUGUUAGUCACCUGCAAUCUGGGGGAUAUGAGUGUAAGUAAUGUAAUUUACUGUCUUUUGUGAAGAGAAAAAACAAAACAAAACGUUCAAAUGUUUUUUUCAGGGACGUCACAGUAACCAAAUGAUGGAAGAAGACAAAGGGACAUUUUUAUUUUUAUGAGUUAAUAGGUUUUAAGUUUUAUUCAUGUGACCACACAACACUAGAAUCUCCCCAUCCAUCUAUUUUUUUUAUUUUUUAUUUGUUCCUGUAUUGGAGGUCUGCAAGGCAAUUUUCAUAUUUGUUGCUUAUUUUUUAUGUUCAUUUGGGAGACACUUCCAUAAAGAGUGUUUUUAAAGGGUGACUGUAAUAUGAUAGCAGGAUGGCUCUAUGAUUGCAGAUGUUUUAAUUUGUUUUCAUAUCAAUACAGCCGGGCCAAGUCUGACACCAAGUCCAUUUGAUAGCAGUAACUUUAUAUUGUGCGUGUGCCAUUCCGGUAUUUAUUUUCUCCUCUGUUAAGGAGCCCGUUUGGACUCAGAAUGUAACUUUCUACAUGAACAAAAUAUCAUAGGAGGCUAUUGUGAACAAAAUAGUCCAAUGAGUUUACAUGAUUGUUAAUAAUGGUUAAAUAAAUUAGAUUAAUGUGA